UUGAGAACACAUUUACGAUUAACCCAGCGUCAGCGACAGCAGACGUUUGAAGCCCAGGUGACAAAAAAAUUCGUCGCUUCUCCCUAGCUGAAGAAUCCAAGCUCCUCAGACAAAUGAACAGCGGCACCGGGUUUUCUUUUGGGUCGCCCGCUUUUGGGACGUCUGUCUUAGCUUCCACUCCGAGUGAGAGCAAUCCAGAAACUCAGAAGCAGUUUUCCCCUCCAGGUCAAAUCCCGCAAUGGAGGGAGGUAGAGUGGACUGAAGAGCAACGGGAAGACUUGAUGGCAAGCGUCUGCUCCUACAGCCCAAGUUAUGAGUUUGUGACUCAGGCUCGGGUUCUCUUGCUGGGUCCUGUUGCAUCUGGGAAAUCCAGCUUCAUCAGUUCAGUCCAGUCUGUCCUCAAUGGAAGAGUGACCAACCGUGCCAUGGUGGGCACGUCCCCAUCAAGCUUCACCAAGAAGCUACAGUCCUUCAACCUCCUGGGGCCCCCUGAUGACAAACCCACAGGUCUGGUGCUUUGUGAUAUGAUGGGACUGGAGAGUGAGGUCAGCAGGCUUUCCUUUCACGACAUCCUGUCAGUCAUUAAAGGCCACGUUCCAGAGGGACACAAGUUCACUCAACACACAGCAAUCACAUCAGAGACCCCUGGUUACAUCAAGAAUCCCAGCCUCCAAGAAAAGAUUCACUGUGUGGCCUUUGUGGUGGACGCCUCCCAGUUGAUGACGUACCCCAAAAGUCUCAGUGCUGCUUUUGCUGAGCUAAGAGAACACAUCAGUGACCUGGGUGUUCAUCAGGUGGCGCUGCUGACCAAUGUUGACAAAGUCUGCGUUGAAACAGCCAAAGACACGUCCCUGGUCUACAAAAGUUCCAUCAUUCGUGACACAAUGCGCAGAGCUGGAACUCUUCUGGGCAUGUCCACCUCUUACAUUGUGCCUGUGAAGAACUACUUCUCAGAGUUGUCCACUAGCCUGAACACCGACAUACUUCUGCUGAAAGCAGUGGACCACAUCCUGCAGUACGUGGAGCUUUAUCUCAAGGACAACUGUGUGAGAAAGCAGGAGGCCAACACUGUUGGGGAAAAAAAGUUUUUGUUUUAAAGUCUAUGACACGCCCACAUUCCAAAUGUAUCUACAAAAUUGAUCACUUCAAUAAAAACUCUCCAUUAACACCUGUGUUCAGAUGGUUUAAUGUUUAUUGACGAGACAAUAAUGCAAUGGUUCUUCAAUAGAUCAGGAGGAUCAGGGUCGGCACUUUUGCUGCUGACUGAGGCAGAGUUGCAAAAUCAACCAUACAACAAAGUAUCAACUGACCAAUAUUACAAAUGCAUUCUGUAAAUAAAUGAGUCGCUGAAAGAGACUGCUGCAUGUGCAUCGCAAGUGUUGAAUAAACAUUGAAAUGCUGAAUCGCGUAAACUAUGGAUCUGAAAUGCCGCAUAGUUCCAAGAUUGGGAAACAUAGACCUUGUCUAACGGCUAUUUUGUGAACCAUUUUUUUCACCUUACACUCGGGGAUCUCAAACAGAUUGGUAUCCAUGUGGUUGAGGAAAAAAAAAUUGCUCAAGGUUUGUCCACAGAUGCAGUACAAGUGUGUGGAACCCAGCUUGGUGGAGCUGUAGGUGCAGAACAAAGCUAAGGGUCGCAAGUGCAAAUUCAAUACCCUGUGUUUAGAAGUCUAUUUUGAAUGCAUUUUAUAACUAACUGUGGCGUCUUUGACUGAAAUAAAAAGAUGAGCCGUCUCUCCAACUGAUGUUCACCUCUGCUUUAAUUGCCGUCGAACACUGAAGGUGAAUCACCGUAAGAGCUGAAACAAACGGAUAAACGGAAAAUAUUUGACACGUAUUUAAUGAGCCCCAUACCGUUAGCAAAGUUCGCUAUGCUUGUCAAGUCGAAAGCCAAACACACUAAAGCAAAAAUAUUCCCCACAUGCUGUCCGUCUCAAUAAAAUAAAGACAAAAUAUAUCAAGUCACAGAGGAAACAUAUACAAACCUUGUGCCCUACUCAGUCAAACGCCAAAAUUAAAUUGCUUAACUCCGGUAACUUGCGUCAAGCUCAUAGUGUGGAUGAUUAGAAUACUUCCGGGAUAGCCUUUCAAAUUAAAAUAAUAAUUCUCACCGAAACAACAAACAUCGAACUCAGAACACCAUUUAUCUAACAUUAACUCUGUUACACUCCCACCAAUCAUGAGUGUAACUCUGAUUCACAUAAAGACACGAAUGAUUUACUUAAAUGCUUUCAGUCCACUUUAGAUGAUGGUCAUUAAUAUCCGUUAAACAUCACUUAUUAAGGAUAUGUCUCUAAAUAACAUUGUCAAUUAUGCAGUCUCCACCAGAAGGAUCAACUUAUGAACUGGUCGUUCCACAACUGAUAUCUUGCCAAAACGUUGUCCAUCUGGCCCAAUCUUCUGAUCAGCAACUUGUAUCUUCACUCUUCUUACGAGUCUGUACUUGUCCGUCACUGUCUGAACCACCUUUGACAAUUUCCAUUCACUUCGUGGAUGGUCCAGUGUCUUCUCCAAGACAAUGUCUCCUACACGAAGAUUCCUUCUUAUUUUGUACCAACGUUGACGUGUCGAGAUGUUGCUCAAAUAUUCCCCCUUCCAUCGACUCCAAAACUGUUCGGAGAGAAACUGAAUGCGACGCCAUCGCUUUCGAGCAUACAUGUCCUCUUUGAUGAACUUGCCAGGUGGAGGUAAAGCCACAGAUGAUUUCAUGGUGAUUAGAUGAUUAGGCGUUAGUGGUUCAAGGCUGUUUGGAUCACUGAGGUUUUCAACUGUGAGGGGGCUUCGUAGAAGAAGGUCCGCAGUGAACUAUCGUCUAAUCUGUUAGAUGAGAGCGAAAGUGUAGCACUGAGAACAUUUCUGACUGUUCGGAUUUGUCGCUCCCAUACACCUCCUGCGUGACUGGCAUGGGGAGCAUUCAUUUUAAAGUCACACUGUCUCUCCGCUAAAUAGGUAGCCAGUCUGUUGCAGUCAAGUUCCUUUAGAGCUUGAGUGAGUUCAUGCUUUGCGCCGACAAAAUUACUGCCAUGAUCACACCUUAUCUGACGCACAGUUCCUCUCAGAGCAAUAAAACAUCGAAGGGCGUUGAUGAAUGCAUCAGAUGACAUGUCCACCAACAUCUCAAUAUGGAUUUCACGAGAAUACAGGCAAGUAAAUAAGAGUCCAUAUCUCUUGUUUGUCUUUCGUCCUUGUUUCGUGAGAAAUGGACCAAAGCAGUCCAUUCCACAGUAUGUGAAUGGUGGUGAAGGAUCCGAACGUUCAGAUGGUAAAUCAGCCAUUCUCUGCUCUUCUGUGCUUCCUCUUAGCUUUCGACAUGUGACGCAGUGAUGAAUUAGUGAUGCGACCGUUCCGUUAAGACCUGGAAUCCAAUACCCGUUGGCUCUGAUCUCGUUCAUUGUCAUGCCUUUUCCUUGAUGCUUGAUCGUCGAGUGAUAAUGAGCAAUGAUCAGCUUGGUGAUGUGGUGAUUCUUUGGAAGCAAAGUUGGAUGCUUUUGAAAUGUUGGGAGAGAUGAAUUUCUAAGUCGUCCUCCCACCUUGAGUAUUCCGUCCUGA